AUGUUUGGGAUCGAAGAAAGAGUCAAAGAAUAUAUUCGAGGUAUUUCGAAAUCAAAUGGCCAAGCAUCUGGAGAAAACAAGGCAACUUCCCCGCAGCACAGAAUAAUUCUGUGCCCACAGAGCGCGUCAGUAAAUCAACUUCCGGAAGAGCCUCAAACGUCAUCGCAAGUGUCAACACCGGAAGCUAAUACCUCUACAUUACAGCAAGAAGAAAUUCAAGAGAUUCCGUCGCCUACAAGCAAUGUGAACAGUACCGUAGAAACAAAAAUUGGUCCAAUUACUUUUGACUCCUGGAUAGAUAAGUUAAAGGAAUUCGAAGAAAUUAAAGUAACAUUACCAGUUGAUGGAUCCCAAAUGUCGAUUGCAGAUGCGCUUUUAAAUCGAGAUAUACCAAAAGUUACUUUGACCAAAUUCUCUGGAAAUCCAUUGGAAUACGCGGAUUUUAUCGAUUGUAGAGUAGAAUAUAUAUGA